AUGACGGGCCUGAAGGCGUUUCACGGUCAGGUGGCGUCCAUCAUGGAGGCGCUGUCUAAAACGGCGGCGGCGGAGAUCUGCCGGCUGGUGGACGACAGCUACACCGCCUUGCAGCUCGAGGUCUCCCGCAGCCGCAAAGAGAACGAGGCGCUGCGGAGGAAGCUGGAGCUCAUCGAGUCCAUCAUCGCCCGGGGACACCGGGGGGGAGGCGGGCGGGAGGAGUGGAAGGAAGGCGGCGGGGGGCGGACGGAUGAAAGCACCGAGCUCGUCUCAGAAGACGACCUGAGCUCCAAGCAGCCGACGUUCUCCAGCGCAGGAGGAUGUGGACAGCUUCCAGAGUCCGAGGCCGUCUCAGAGGUGUCUCCUGUCCCAGCAGAGGGCGCUCUGGCAGCAGCUGCAGAGGAGCCGAUCAGAAUCCUCGAGGUCGUCAUCAAAAAGGACGAAGAUGAUGUGCAAAACAAGAUGGCCGCCAGCGGGCUUCUUCUGAACGAGGACGGAACCGAGGCGCCGCCGUCACAAACAGACGACACUGAAGAGGGCUCCUCCUCCUUGACGGCAGAACUACGGGCCUGGGACCAGAACAUUAACGGACCAUCCAAGCGGUUCGGGUCCCACAGUGCGCCGGUGUCUCCGGGCCCUCCAGGGACCACAGGAAGCAGCUCUUCAGACUCCAUGUUGGAUGUGGCCCCGGAGUUCGACAGCGACGCUCCGUCUGCGGCCCACAUGAGGAGGCACUUCCUGCUCGGGUCUGGAGGAAGUCCAGCCUCUCUGCCCGGUACCUCUGAUCCAAAACAAGGCUUGUCCCUGAUUGUCCCGAUCCACUACGACUCAGAGCUGGAUCCCGGCUCUUCGUGGUCCAACCAGGGUCUGCCCAGCAUGGUGCCGGUCCCUCUUCGGCCCUUUAUAAAACCGGACCAACCACCGGCGCUCCUGGCCCUCGGCGGAUCCAGCCUGAACCCUCUGGACCUCAACAAGUUCUGCAGGGACCGGCGCUUCGUCUGCCCCAUAUGCAAUAAAUGCUUCUUAUCGUCGCGGAGCCUGGAGACGCACGUGCGCGUCCACACCGGCGAGCGACCGUACAGCUGCGCUCAGUGCGGGAAACGCUUCACGCAGUCGGGUCACCUGAAGACGCACCAGAGCGUCCACACGGGGGAGCGACCGUUCGCCUGCGAGCACUGUGGGAAACGCUUUGCCGCCAAGCAGAACCUGAGGAUCCAUCAGCAGAAGUACCACACAGCUGGAUGGACCGCCGCUCCGGUUUAACUCAGGAGGACCGGAAC